AUUUUAUUUUAAAAAAUGACAUUUAAAGUUGAUAAUAUUUAUUUAAAUACAUUAUGGUAUUUAACAAGUACUUUAAUGAAAAAAAAUAAUGAUUAUUUACUGUCAUUUAUUUAUUUACAUUACGUAGCAAUAAAAUUUUUAAAACUUAAAAAUACGAAAGUGAAAAUAGAAACAUUAAAUGACAGUAAUUUUAAAAGUGUUGUUGAAAAAUAUUAUUGUAACAAAUCGUAUAUUGACUUUACAUCAUGUGCGAUUGGAGGAAUAAAUUCCUUGGUGUCUUCAGAAUCUACAUGGAUAAACAUUUGUUCUUUAAAAACGUAUAAAAAAUAUAAAAUACUGGUACUGCCAUUGGAAAAUGUGGAAAAUAAAUUAUUUUUAUCGGAAACAACAUCAUUUAAUAUUAAAAAUCUACUGAAAGAUUCAUCUUAUUUCAUAAUGCCAGCAUAUGAAAAUAAUUUUGAGUGGGCUGAAGAAGUUAAAGUAUCAAUUAUGUCAAAUGAUGACUGUUCUGAUGAUUUGAUAGAUAAUUUAUUAAAAAACUAUUUUUCAAAUCCACGAUACUUGAGGACAAAUGACGUUUUUAAAAUUAGAAUUAAGGAUUAUGGAGAAAAAUAUGUUUUUACAUUAAAAAAUCCACAGUUGACUGAUUUAUAUUUUAAAGUUAAUAGUAUAAAAGUAAAUGAUAAGUAUACAUAUAGAUCUUGUUAUGUAUUUUGUGAUAAAUCUACACUUAUACAAGAAACCAAAGUUUCUGGGUAUCUUCCAGAGUCGAAGAAAUUAUCAAUCGUUGACGACAGUAUUACAAAUGUUUAUGAAGAAAUUCAAAAAAAUAGAAUAUAUAAUUUUCCAUUAUCAGUUUAUCGACCUUUUGAAGAACUCAAAGCUUCGAUACUUCCAUUUAUGAUUACUGAUAAUUGGAUGGGGAUAAAACCGAUAUUUUUGGUAAAAGGAUCUGCUGGAUGCGGGAAGUACAGAUUAAUUAAAACGCUAUCACAACAAAUGGGUUUUAAUUUUUUAAAUAUUGAUUGCAAUGACAUUCAAACACUAUCAGUUUCGCAAACGGAAACUAGACUUCGUAUUGGUUUAAAUAAUGCUCAAAAUUCAGCACCGUGUAUUCUCAAAUUAAGUAACAUAGAUGUUUUUGGGAAAAAUUCCGAAGGUAAAAUUGAUGAGAGGAUAACAUCAAAUUUUACGGAACAAUUAAAUAAUAUUUAUAAAAUAAAAAUGAAGUAUCCAUUAAUAAUAAUAGCAACAUCUGAAGACAGUGAAAUUCCUUGUGAUGUAAAUCGUAAUUUUAUUCAGACAAUUACAAUAGAUUACUUUACUCAAGACGAGAGAACAGAAUUGAUUGAAUGGUUUUUAAAAAGCCGUAAUAUUAAAUAUGAUGUUGAUUUAACUAAAAUUUCUGGAAUGUGUUCAAAUUACCUUAUGAAUGAUAUUGAAAGCUUAACAAAUUAUGCAGCAACGAACGGUUAUAAAUUAAUAUCAACUAACGAAAGCAGUACAGUUAUAAAUGAAAAUGAUUUUAUUGAUGCUUAUGAUUACAUGCAAUCAACAUUUUCUCAACAAAUUGGAGCUCCGAAAGUACCUGAAGUACAUUGGGAAGAUAUAGGUGGUCUUGCUAAUUUAAAAGAUGAAAUAAUUCGUAGAAUAGAGAUACCACUAUUACAUGGAGUUGAUAUUGAACGUUCUGGUAUUUUGCUUUACGGACCACCAGGAACUGGCAAAACUUUAUUGGCGAAAGCUGUUGCUACUGAAUGUAAAUUAAACUUUUUAUCAGUAAAAGGACCAGAAUUACUGAAUAUGUAUGUUGGACAAAGUGAAAAAAAUGUAAGAGAUGUAUUUGAAUUGGCACAAACAGCAUCACCAUGUAUUAUAUUUUUUGAUGAAUUGGAUGCGUUGGCACCAAAUCGAGGCCGUAGUGGUGACAGUGGUGGUGUUAUGGACAGAGUGGUGUCUCAAUUACUUGCUGAAAUGGACGGUCUUGGUAGUUGCUCAGAUACAUUUAUUAUUGGUGCUACAAAUCGACCAGAUCUUAUUGAUUCAGCCCUUUUACGUCCUGGAAGAUUUGAUAAAUUACUCUACGUUGGAAUAUAUUCCGACUAUGAAUCACAAUUGAGUGUUUUAAAAGCCAUCACACGUAAAUUUGACAUGUCAAAUGAUAUUAGUAAAGAUUUAGGUAGUCUGGUAAAAUUGCUACCAUCAAAUUUAACUGGUGCUGAUUUACAUUCUGUUUGUUCUAAUGCUUGGCUGAAUGCAACACGUAAAGUCAUAAAAACUUGUGAAAAAUAUCUUAAUAAUGACGAAAAAAAUUCUAAUGAUUUUAAAAAACCACAAGGACGUGUCACUGUUUCAUUAGAUGAUUUUGUUGAAGCUGUCAAGUCACUAGUACCUUCCGUCAGUGAACAAGAAUUGAUACGUUACGAAAAACUUAACCAAGAAUUAACUUCCAAACAGUUUAAAUAAUAAUUUUAAAAAUUGUCAAUUGUAUUUAAUAUUUUUUUAUCCUGCAUUAAUGUAAUAAUUGUAAAUAAUGAUAAUUAUUUGUAUAAUCAAUGAUAUG